AUGCCGAACGUUAUUCUCGUCACUGGCGGAACCGGUUUGGUCGGAAAGGCCAUUGAACAUGUCAUAAAUACCGAGCCAGAAGGUUCAAGGUUUGGAAAGAAGCCUGGAGAGACUUGGGUAUUCGCGAGUUCUUCAGAAGGUGAUUUAAGGGACCCCGACCAGACGCGUCAACUGUACGACAAAUACAAGCCUACCCAUGUUAUUCACCUCGCUGCGCUCGUUGGAGGAUUAUUCAAGAACAUGAAAUACAAGUUGACAUUCCUCCGUGAUAACAUUCUCAUCAACGACAACGUUCUACACGCCGCAUACGAGCACAAGACGCAAAAGGUCAUCUCGUGCCUGUCGACAUGCGUCUUCCCUGAUAAGGUAGAAUAUCCCCUCGACGAAAAUAAGAUCCACAGCGGGCCUCCUCAUUCCAGUAACUUCGGGUAUGCACAUGCCAAGCGUAUGGUUGAUGUUCAAAACCACGCAUACAAGGAGGAGUUCGGUUGCAACUUUACCUCUGCUAUCCCUACCAAUGUCUUCGGACCCCAUGAUAAUUUUGAUUUGGAAGACUCGCAUGUCAUCCCAGGCCUCAUCCAUAAGUGCUACCUAGCCAAACAAAAUAAAACUCCUUUUGUCGUAUCCGGAACCGGCAAACCGCUUCGGCAAUUUAUCUUCUCUUAUGAUCUCGCAAAAUUGUUCAUUUGGAUGCUACGAGAGUACGACGACGUUGAACCCGUCAUCCUGUCAGUUGGCGAAGAUGAAGAAGUGAGCAUUAAAGAAGUCGCCGAUGCCAUUGUAAAAGCUGUUGGCUUCGAGGGUGACUACAAGUUUGAUCCCUCCCGAGCCGAUGGUCAAUUCCGCAAACCCGCUUCGAACAAGAAACUUUUGACCUUGAUGGGAGGUUUCCAGUUCACUCCGUUCGAGGAAGCUCUGGACCUGACUGUGAAAUGGUUCUUGGACAACUACCACACCAACGCGCGCACUGGGCUGCAGAAAUCGCGAGCUUGA